AUGCUCCUAAAACUGCAGGGAGGAAAGUCACUGGCUCACACCACAGGUCAUCUUUUGCUGAUACUGCUGCUGACCGAAGCUGGGAAGACUCUGGGCAAUGCCCACUCUCUGUGCCUCAACCUCACUGUCAAAUCUCAGUUCAGACCGGGCCAGCCCUGGUGUCAAGUCCAGGGCUCUGCGGACACAAAGCCUUUCCUCCAGUGUGACAGUGACAGCAGCAAGGUCAGACCUUUGGAUUUCCUGGGGGAGGUGGUAAACGACACCAAAGCAUGGACUGAACUGAGCCAGACGCUGGGAAAAGCAGGAAGAGAGCUCAGGAUGGUCCUGCCUGUCAUCAAACUAGACAAAAAGGAGAUGAGGGGUCCUCCCUCCCUGCAGGUCAGGCUGUGUUGUCAGCGUGAAGCCGGGCAAUGCUCUGGUGCAUCCUUGCUCUUCAGCCUCAAUGGACGGACAGCCCUCCUCCUUGACCCCAUGAGCAUAACCUGGACAGUCAUCGAUCCUGGAGCCACAGUGAUCAAGGGGGCAUGGGGGCACAACCAGGAACUGGCAGAGUAUCUCAGGAAGAUCUCAACGGGAGACUGCAGUUAUUGGCUUAGGGAAUUCCUGGAACACUGGGAGAACAUGCUGCUCCCAGAGCCCACAGAACCACUCAGAAAGGCCCUGAAUAACCACCAGCCUGCAUCUAUCCCAUUAAAUAAAUGCAUCCUCCCAUUGAUCUUCAUCUUCAUUAUCUUCAUCUGCCUAAUUGUCAUCAUCGUCAAGAAAUGUAUGAAGAAAUCAGGGACCACAGAAGCUCUUCGUUCCAUCAUCUGA